CGGGCAGGUGCUGCAAGUGAGGAAGACUGCAAGUGAAGUGCAAGUUACAGUGAAAGGGCAGCGGGGAGUCGGAAAGUGCACCGAGGAGACGACUCUUCUUCGCUGAUUGGUGCGUCCGGAAUAGCAUAGCGAAGAGAUGGUGAAGACGACGACGGAGGCGAGGAGACCCAACUAACGAAUCAGAUGAUGUAAACGACCUGCGACCGCCCUCCUCUCUAUUCUUUCUCUUCAAUCGAAAGUGAAAUCGAACCUCGAAGAAGUCGAGCACCAAGCCACAAGCCGAACCAGAAAGCCAAAACUGCCUCCGUAGCACUGCAAGCGAAAUUACAUUCUUUGGUUUCAUUUUUAAACUCAAAAGCACAUCGGAGGGAUCGCCAUGGACAUGUCACGGAGCUUAUCUGCCGGUGGAAACCUAAUGCUCCUCCCGUUAUGCCUUCUGCUGGCCACCUUCCAUGGCGCCAGUGUGCUGGCGGAGCGCGAUUUCAAUGUAAACGACUCUCAGGUGCCUGUCAUUGAGCCCAAGGAUGUGCCCGCCUACAAGCAGGAUCCGUAUGUCAAGGAGCUGAUGGGCUGCUCCAACAGCCAGAGCGAGGUAGUCCUCUCCCUGGUCCUGAAGAAGCACGACUGGAGCGAUCUGACUGCCACCAAGCGCGCCCAUGUUCAGGCUAAGCUGGCCAAGUUCUUUGCCAUACCCAAGGAAUUCAUCUCCCUGGACUCAGUGUCCAAGUUGGAGCUUAAGUCCAUGCACAAGUUGGCCAACAAGAGGGGCGGAAAGGGCAAUAAGAACGUAGAAACCCUGAAUCGCCGCCUCGGACGCGCCAGUUUCAUGAUCGGCUGCGAUUCGCGGUAUUUCGCAAUGGGAGAGCCGAUAGCCAUGCAGAUUGCUCAUCAAGUGAAGGAUGGCACCAUUGGAGCCUUGACGGAGGAGAACUUUGGUCUUUGGUUCAUCUGGCGAAAGGAGCUGAAAGCCAGAUCGCAUCGCAAAAAGCGCCAAUCGGAGGGCUCUGGAAACGACGACGACGACUACGAGUACGAAGACGACCCCGAAGACACUUCGGAACCCAGCACGGAAGUGCCAGCUGUGACAACACACGCCCAUCGACACCAUCACGGAGCGUCGGAGGUUCCCGAUUCCGUUUCGGUCACAUCGGUCGCAUCGGAGGAGGAGAUCCAGGAGAGUGUCUCCAUGCUGGAGUCCGUCAUCAGCAAGACCAUUGAGAACACGAAGAACAUCAAGGAGUUGCCCAUUCUCGGGGCGGAUGCUGAAGAUGAGGAGGACGAGGAGUUCCUGCUCCCCAGGGGGACUGCCCCAAGCAGCAGUACGAUGGCUACUUUGGUGACGGAGGCCGUUAAGCCUGUCCUGUUCCUGGAGGAGAACCAAGUGGAUCAGGGAGCUGUCGAUGUAGAGAUCGAGACUUCCACGCCCACGCCCUCGCCGCCAGCCGCGCACAAGCCAUACUCUCCCUACGAUGCCACCUCCUCUGUGGGAGUUACCUCGCCCACACCCGUCCAGCCAGAGAAUUCGGAACCUCCUCCGUCUGAGACCUCGCCAUCGUCUGCGACUACUCCGACUCCCACUCCCACGCCCAUGCUCACCGAGCUCGAAAGCAAUGCCCCCACCACCUCCACCUCCAUCUCCAUAGCAUCCCAGUCCCCGGCAAAUCCCGCAUUUCUGUCUCCAUCUUCACAGGCCACUCAAGCAUCCUUAAAAACAACAACUACAACAACAUUAACAAGCACAACAGCAACAAUCUCAACAACAACAGCAACAACAACAUUGUCAGAAUCGCCAAAGCCAAACACUCUGCACACUGAAUUCGAGCUGAGCACCCUGCUGCCCUUUGACGAAAGUGAAGCAACAGCACCUACUCCCAGCGCAGCCGGAACAGCAGCAGCGGAAACACCAACGCCAAGUGCAACGGCAGCCACUUCUGGCGAAAGCGAGAACGAUUUUCAUGUAGAAUCCACCACACACCGUAUUGUUAGCUCUAAGCAGGGAGAACCUGGUGACGGCCUCAACACCACUAGCAGUAACACUUUAACCCACAAUGAGCAGUCCACUCCAACAGUAGCCUCCGGCACCACUACAACCACCGCCUUGCCAGAGUCCAGCAGCUCGUUCGCCUCCACGGACUAUGUGGAACCGCCGGCAGAGGAGAACAGUCCGCCGGUCAUUGAGACGCGUCUACCGAAGUUCGCGGUGACAUCGGGAAAGGCUUUCACGUUCGUUGUGCCGCGGGAGACUUUUGCGGAUGCCGAGGACCAGGGUAACCUGAGGCUGGACUUUACGGACAAAGAUGGCCACGAGCUGAAGUCAACCUCCUGGUUGCAGUUCAACGUCGAUAAAAGGGAACUCUAUGGACUCCCGUUGGACGACACCGUGUCGCGAUGGCAGUACCGCCUCACAGCAACAGACUCUGGCAAUGCCAGUGUCACGGAAACCGUAGAGAUUUCCGUCCAGCAGCACCGGGCGGUUAGGACCAUCAACCACGAGAUUAGUAUUUCCGUGCGGAUCAACGAAAUACAUGGCCAUAACAUCAACUGGCAGUUGAAGCUGAUCAAUGCCGUGGCUAGGACGUUGGACGAUGCCACCAGCUCAGCUUUGGUGGUGCGGGAGAUCAGGCAAACGGUCCAGGAUCCCUACUCAGCUACUUUGGUCUAUUUCAACGAGACUUUGCCAACAAACGAGUGUCCGGAAAAGGAACUCAACGACCUUGUAGCACGACUGGAUGCCCAGCGGCUGAGUGACUUAGUUCAGCCGCUGCUGGCCAUCAAGUCCAUUACUGGACAGCUGAUUGGCUCCUGCCAGAAGGAGCUGACGCGGGUGAAGCCCACCCAGCACAUGGCCAAAAAUGUCCCGCCGAUGCCGCGCAACCAGGUCGAUCGGGUGAAUGCCAGUGUGGGACAGUUGCUAGUAUACAAAGUGCCGACCGACACUUUCUACGAUGCCAAUGACCAGCAGUUGACUCUCACUCUCAAGACCAAGGACCACAAGGAGCUGAGCACCCGGCACUGGCUGCAGUUUGACUCCAAAAACGAAGAAUUCUAUGGUGUUCCCAAGAGUGGGGAUAUAGGCUCCGAGGAGUACCUGUUGGUGGCCGAGGACAGCGGCGGCUUAGUCGCCCAUGAUGCCCUGGUCGUGGUGGUCAGCCAUGCGCCCAAGCGGGAGUUUGGAGCAUUUUUCAAGGCAUAUCUGGCCAUAAGGCAUGAGAACUUCAACGCCGAUCUGCAGCGGAAGUUUGUAGAGCGCGUAGCGAGACUGCACGGAGACCCCACCACCACCCAGAUCCAGAUCCGGUCCGUAACCACGCACCACGAUUCGGACGGCACCAUUGUCAACUUCUACAACACAACCCUGUACAAAAUGAACAAUCGCUGUCCCGAAAAGGAGCUGGCCGCCACCAGGAGUAUCUACCUGAACAGCGAUCUUAGCCUCAAGGAUUCGGUGAAGCGAGCUCUGGGCCCGGAAUUGAAUCUCACCAACUUUUCGGUGGUCCCCUUCGGCAGUUGCCAUCAUGCCGAAAUCCCGGACAUUCAACCCGACUACAACCCAAGGCCCGACGAGCCCAGCCUGAAGUCCACUUUCAGUGACGAGUACUUGGCGAACAUCGUGCUGCCCGCCGUCAUUAUCGUGGUCAUGAUAAUUUUGGCAUCCCUCGUGGCCUGCUGCCUGCACAGGCGUCGUCACAAGAGCGGAAAAAUGGAGCUUGGCGACGACGAGGAGCGCAAGUCCUUCCGAGCCAAGGGUAUUCCCGUCAUCUUCCAGGAUGAGUACGAGGAGAAACCAGAGAUUGGCAACAAGAGCCCUGUUAUUCUUAAAGACGAGAAGCCUCCGCUACUGCCCCCGUCCUACAAUACCUCGAAUAUGAAUGGUGACAACGACGUGGAUGAGUAUGUGCCACCGCCGGCCGUUGUUGUGGGCGGACGGGAGGUGCGAGGGAAGUCACCUGCCACACCCUCCUACCGCAAGCCUCCGCCAUAUGUGUCGCCAUAAGUCAGCGACAGUUGGGAGCAGCGGAAAAAGUAACAAUAAUACCAAUCGCAUCGUAUUAACCACACAAUCUAUACAUAUAUACAAGCAUACAUACUUAUGUGUAUUUAACCGAUUUCGGCACAAGUUAUAUGCAACUAAGCCAAACCUUUUGUAUAUAUUCGAGUGCAAAUUGGUUUCUUUCGAGUGGGUCAGCCAGUCCAACCGAAAAGUGUUGCCAGCCAAGUUGAGGGGAUUUUUUGAUGAAAUUUUUUGUACGAGAAACAAUCAAUUAACUGGAGCCAGAAACUCACUUUUAAGCUUAUAUAGAGAUCGACUAACAUAGCAUGAUUUAUACGAAUACCAUGGACACAAACACACACUUGGGACGCGAACACAAAAUUAGUAUUUGACUAGGCCAGGCUCGAAGGCUUGAAAAUCAGAGCGAGGACACACACAAGCCCAUUUAAACAUAGCAUUUAAACAACAAAUAUUCUUACUAUCUAAGCUAAAAUAAUUAAGGCAUGUCCUUGCGCCCUUUUUUUAUUAUCUGUACGAGACUCUCCGCUUGAUUUACUUAAGCGGUGGUGUUUUGAGUAUUUUUGUUCGGGCAAGGGGCGUGCCAGGAGCUUCUAUUAUGUUUAGUUCAUAAGAAGGAUUCAGAAACUGCAAUAGAGCUGCCAAUAGGUACGACAUGGAGGUCGUAUGCGAAAAAUUUCCUAGUUGCCCACAAGUGCUUCCCACUCACCGACCACCACAGACCAGAGACGACUACCAACAUACCAUAUCCGCCACACAAACAAAUAAUUAUACGAAAUUGAUUACUUAAAGUAGGACUUAGUUUUUAAUGAAUCAUUUUUAUUUGCACUUGCUCCUCUGUAUUAGUUUUAAUGGCAGCUAGUUGGGUUAUCCCAGAGUACUUACGACAUCCCUCCCAUCCCAUCCAUUUCAAAUCGAACUAAAAUACCUAGCCAGCUAAGAUUAACAAUGAUUUUAUAAACAUGGAUUAUUUAGAGUAGUGAGUUCGGCAGUGAUGCAUGAAGAGAAAUUGAAAUUGAAAAUGAAAUACUUUGCACAGGUUUUGUGCCGCGUAAAUUAAACUAUUAAACUAAGUACGAUUAACUAAUUUAUGUAUUUUGCUGAUUUAAUUAAACUUUGUAAGCAGGACAGGAGACUGCAACAGCAACAGCAAUAACAAGAAACAACCAACAAUAACGGUAUCAGUUUAUUUUGAAUAAAAAAUGCCAAAGAUA